CCGGCGCGGCGGCGGCGGCGAUGGCGGCGCGGGGCCGGUGCCCCGAGUGCGGGUCGGGGUCGCUGGUGGAGGACGCGCACUACGCGCAGCAGCAGCUGGUCUGCGCCGCCUGCGGCUGCGUCCUGUCCGAGGGGCUCCUCACCACCACCUACACCGACGAGGAGCAUCUGCGGGAGGUCGCCUAUUCCCAGAGCACCGGCCAGAAGGAGCAGCUGAGCCGCUGCCUGCAGCGAGGGAUCCGGCGGGUCCAGGACCUCUGCAAGGUGCUGCAGCUCCCGGCCGUGUUCGAGGACACGGCCGUGUCCUACUUCCAGAGGGCUCUGCAGCUCCCCGCCUUCCACCUGGUCAGCCUGGAGAAGAAGGAGCUGCUGGGGGGCUGCUGCGUGUUCGUGGCGUGCCGCCAGCACCGCUGGCCCCUGACCAUGGGCACCGUGUGCUCCCUGCUCUACGCCAGGCAGGAGCUCUUCGCCAGCGUCUUCCUGAGCCUGCAGAGGGAGCUGGGGCUCUCGGUGCCCGCCCUGAGCCUGGCAGACCUGGUGACAACGCACCUGAACAGCUUCCGGCUGGUGCAGCCCACGGCCAGCGUCCCCGCGCCCUUCCUGGAGGACAAGGAGCAGCUGCUGGCCCGGACCAUGGCCAUAGUGGAGCUGGCCAGCGAGACGUGGCUGGUGACCGGCCGGCACCCCGUGCCCGUGGUCACGGCCGCGGCGUUCCUGGCCUGGCAGUCGCUGCGGCCCGGCCCGCGCCUCUGCUGCCCCUUGGCGCGGUUCUGCCGCCUGGCGGGGGUGGACCUGCCCCCCCCGGCCCACCUCAGGCUCAGGGAGCUGCUGGAGAUCCUGCUGGGAAUGGCCUCCCAGCUCUCCUGGCUGCGCGGCUUCCGCUUGGACAAGAGAACCGUGGUGAAGCACAUCGGGGACCUGCUGCAGCACCGGCUGCUCCUGCUCAAACGCGCCUUCAGCCAGCAGGACGGGCAGGGCCAGCAGGACACGGCCCCGGGCCAGGGCUCUGGGAGCCAGGGCUCCCUGGACAAGGGCUCUGGGAGCCAGGGCUCCCUGGACAAGGACUCUGGGAGCCAGGGCUCCCUGGAUAAGGAGUCUGUGAGCCAGGGCUCCCUGGAUAAGGACUCUGGGAGCCAGAGCUGCCCAGGCCAGGGCUCUGGGAGCCAGGGCUCCCUGGAUAAGGAGUCUGGGAGCCAGGGCUGCCCAGGCCAGGGCUCUGGGAGCCAGGGCUCCCUGGAUAAGGACUCUGUGAGCCCAGGCUCCCCAGAUAAGGACUCUGUGAGUAAAGACUCCCCAGGCCAGGGGUGCCCAGGCCAGGACUCUGUGAGCCCAGGCUCCCCAGAUAAGGACUCCCUGGAUAAGGACUCCCUAGGCCAGGACUCCCCGAGCCAGGGCUGCCCAGGCCAGGACUCUGUGAGCCAGGGCUCCCCAGAUAAGGACUCCCUGGAUAAGGGCUGCCCAAGCCAGGAUUCUAUGAGCCAGGGCUCCCUGGAUAAGGACUCCCCAGGCCAGGGGUGCCCAGGGCAGGGCCCCCCCAGCUCUCCUGCGGUGGCACAGCGGCAGGGCUGUCCCUGGGCAGGGAAGCAGCAGCGUGGGGGCAGCCUGAGGCCGCUGCUCCCUCCCUGCCUCAUCCACCCCAGGAAGAGGCCGCGGCCGGCAGCUCCGAGCGCUCCGGCCGUGGCCCUCACGGGCGACGAGCCCAUCUCGGACAGCGAGAUCGAGCAGUACCUGCGGAGCCCCGAGGAGAUCCGGGCCUUCAGGAAGGCCAAGGCCUGGCCCUGAGGGUGGCCGUGGCCCAGAGGGACGGUUUUGGGACCAGAAGCGUGGAGCCCACCAUGGACAGAGUGGUGCUGCAGGGACAGUCGCCCAGGGAAUGAGGCUGUGGGGAAGGGGCAGGCUGGGUCCUCCUUAAUGUGCUGGACCAAAAUGGGCUUUUUAUGGAGUGACUGCUUCGGGUCGUGUUACGUUUCUGUUAAAAGCAAAUAAAAGUGCAGGUGGCAAGUUU